AACUAUAUGGUGAGGGAAUUGUGGGAUAUAUUCCGCCUUGAACGAGCGGAACCUCCCCUUGACGCAGCAAAUGAGUUGAUGGCGAACUAGCAAUAUGAUUGGGGGGAUUGUUUAUAUACAACCACAAGGGCGAAGUCCUUAUCUCCCGAGUGUUCAGAGAUGACAUUGGUCGGAAUGCAGUUGAUGCUUUCCGUGUGAAUGUUAUUCAUGCCCGCCAGCAGGUUCGGUCGCCAGUGACGAACAUUGCCCGUACUAGCUUCUUCCACAUCAAGAAGUCCAACAUCUGGCUGGCUGCAGUUACAAAACAGAAUGUCAAUGCUGCCAUGGUGUUCGAGUUCCUCCAUAAGAUGGUGGAAGUUAUGCAGUCCUACUUCGGCAAGAUCUCCGAGGACAAUGUCAAGAACAACUUUGUCUUGAUCUAUGAAAUUCUUGAUGAAAUUCUGGAUUUUGGAUACCCCCAGAACACUGACACUGGUAUCCUGAAGACGUUCAUCCCACACAACAAGGAGCAGUUAACAUCUCAGACGAAAGAGGAGACAGCUCAGAUCACGUCACAAGUUACAGGCCAGAUUGGAUGGCGCCGAGAAGGAAUCAAGUACCGGAGGAAUGAACUGUUCUUGGAUGUUUUGGAGUCUGUGAACCUUCUCAUGUCACCACAAGGUCAGGUGCUGAGUGCCCACGUAGCAGGAAGGAUUGUGAUGAAGAGUUACCUGAGUGGAAUGCCCGAGUGCAAGUUUGGUAUCAACGACAAGCUGCUGAUGGAGAGCAAAGGCAAGAGCAGUUUGGAUGAUACAGCAAGCAGGGGGAGUCACUUUGGUGGAGGAGGGAAGACGUCCAUUGCAAUAGACGACUGUCAGUUCCACCAGUGUGUCAAGCUCAGCAAGUUUGAGACCGAACACAGCAUCAGCUUCAUUCCACCUGAUGGAGAAUUUGAACUCAUGAGAUACCGUACAACCAAGGACAUCAGCCUGCCAUUCCGUGUUAUCCCACUUGUCAGAGAGGUUGGGAGGCAGAAGAUGGAGGUGAAAGUUGUUGUCAAAUCAAACUUCAAACCCUCGCUGUUGGCCCAGAAGGUGGAGGUGAGGAUCCCAACACCUCUCAACACCAGCGGAGUACAGGUGAUCUGUAUGAAGGGCAAGGCCAAAUACAAGGCCAGUGAAAACGCUAUCGUGUGGAAGAUCAAGCGUAUGGGCGGGAUGAAGGAAUGCCAGCUGAGUGCUGAGAUUGAGCUCCUCAACACAAAUGAUAAGAAGAAAUGGACUAGACCCCCUAUCUCAAUGAACUUUGAAGUUCCGUUUGCCCCAUCAGGUUUUAAGGUUAGGUAUCUGAAAGUAUUUGAGUCGAAGAUGAACUAUAGCGAUCAUGAUGUCAUCAAGUGGGUACGAUACAUCGGUCGAAGUGGCCUGUAUGAGACACGAUGCUGAACACAACUCAACUAGGAUAAAACCAAUCAACUUCCCUGUCUACCUGGAUCCAAGACAUGUUGUUAGAAUCAUUAGGUGAUAGACUUAAGUGUUGUUUAGACACAGAAUUACCAAACCAUUAUUUGAAUUCAUUUAGGUGUGUAAUUUGUAACAUGGAAAAAGUUUUCAGUUUUUAUCAAGAGACACAUCUAUGUUUUCAAAGCAUUCAAGCCAUUACUUACUGAUCAUAUCACUUGAGCAACAUUUUAAACAUUUGACAAGUUCAGCUGUCCAAAUACUACCAAGAGGGAGCAGUGGGUUAGCCUGGUGGUUAAACCGUUUGCUCGACAAGCUGAAAACCAGGAUUCACUUCCCCACAUAGGUACAAUGUGUGAAGACCAUUUUUCGUGUCCCCUGCCAUGAUAUUGCUGGAAUAUUGCUGAAAACGGCGUAAAACAAAACCCAUCUACUCACUUACUACCAUAAGACUACCAAAGCCCAAGACACUAACAGCUUACAUCCAAUGCUUUAAAAAAAAAAUCAGUUGAAUCUUGAAAGUUUUUGCUUGUAUAGCAGACUGUCCACAGGUCAAGUUACUGUCUCUUAUUGCUGCCAUCAGUCGAAAUCACCACAGAGUUGAACUUUUAGAUGACUGACUGAACUUUACUGGUUCGGAGCCUGCCCUCAGAUACGACAAGGGAGAUAACUCUUGCAUAUUUGACUACUCAAGUUGAUGUUAACACAAGUGUGAAUAGAUCUUGAAUGCAACAUUAGUGUUGAUCACCAAAUGAUUUGAUUAUUGCUUAGGUGUACAAACUGUGAAUUUAUUAGAGACAUGUGAUAUUAAUGUUGUUUCAGAAGAGUUCAGAUUAGAUGUGUGUUGCCAUUUGUAAAGAUCGAAUAUGUGACUAUCAUGAUCUGAAUUCAUGUCAAUUUAUACAAUUUAAAUGUUCCAAUGCCAUUUGAUGUUAUUAUUAAUCAAUACUUCAGCUUUGUUUUGAUCAGAACUCAUGAACAAACUUUCCCAGAAACCAAAUUACACCUGUUGCAUUUGCAAAACCAGAGUGCAAUACGAAUAGCCAUGAGUAAUAUUAUUCCUUGUGUUGUGCUUCUGAUUGUUGAGACAGUGGUGUCGGAUGAUGGCAUUCUGUUUAUUUUCAUACUCUUUUUUCCAUUAAGUUGUCACUGUUUCGAAAGGAAACCCUUACUUGUAUGUGUUUGAAAUGAGCACUGAUACUUAUCCUUGUUUGUUUGAAUCUUGUACAAAUUGUGUUGAACUGUAUGAUUGGUUAUAUUACUGCCUUAGCCUUUAUCAUAGCAUUAUCUAAUAUCACGUAUAUCUAUCUUUUAAUUUCACAUCUCUUGCAUGGAUUUGGUGGGAUCAAUUGUAAAUAUUGAUAGUUGAUCAAAUUAUUGGCUGGAAAUGAAAUAAUUAAGAGCAGAUUACUGCCAAACUUGCAUUCCAUCUAGAUAUGCAUGAUGUGCUACAGUUAAUGCAUGAUGUUGUGCUACAGAUGUCAAGCUUCAACUGCUAUUGGUCAGAAUAAUGCUUUGAGUGUUAAGGCAGCUUUCACAUGUAUUGGUAUAUGUGACACCCUGCAAUGCCUGACGCUGCAACGACACAUGCAUCAGACUGUACCAAAAACGUGACAUCAUUCAAACUGGUGUGGGAAAGGUUGACUCAAAGAGUAAUCGCCCUUUAUGACCAGUUUAUUGGCAAAAGCCUGGGUACAUCUUGCUGAAUGUGGUUGUAUUGAAGCUGUAGUAAAAUAUGUAUUUAGAGAUCGAUUCUCAUCCUUGAGCAACUCAUCAAGUUAGUCAGUAUGACCUAGAAUGGUAUAGAAGUAACCCUCAUUGUUUACAGAAAUGGAGUAAUUUGUUUAUCUGAAAGUUGAUGUGAAUUUAAGUUAUGCUGUGUGAAAAUCACUGAAGUAGCCUGUGGUAUGUUUAGAAAUAUGUAAGCACAUCUCACCUCAGAUUCCCCUCAUCAAUGUGCUUAAUGUGUAUAAUAUUGUCUGGUAUACUGUAGGCAAUAAAUUAUAUCCCUGUGA